GACAAGUGAGCUCAGUGUUAUGGGACAGUGUUUCUAUACGCGCGGAAAUAUGGCGAGUGACAAAACAGACUCAUGUGAAGAAACUGUUGAAACUUGUAUUUUUUGUUUGAUAGCCAGCGGCCGAGACACAGACGCGAAAGUUCUUACAAAGAACAAGGAGCUGGUGUGUUUCAGGGACAUUGACCCUGCUGCUCCUCACCACUAUCUUGUUGUACCCAGACAGCACAUACACAGCUGCUUGUCUCUGCAAAAGGAACACAUCGGCCUCGUAAAAAGGAUGGCUGAAAUGGGGAAAGCUGUACUACAUGAGCAAGGGAUCACUGAUGUGAAGGACAUCAGGCUGGGGUUCCACCGACCUCCCUACAUUUCAGUAGCUCACCUCCACCUCCACGUGCUCGCCCCCACCAGCCAAAUCUCAGAGCACAUGAUUUAUAAAUUCAUUCCAAGGACCAGCAGUUUUAUUUCUGAAAAACAGCUACGCAAGUAUCUAAAAGAUAAGCCUCCACGAAUCAGGAAGCAUUUUGAAAGCUGACUGAGGUUUCUGUGAGCCAGCAGCUCCCAAACUGUACCUUGGAUCACUGAUGAAGAAUGAAAAAAGCACUUCAGAAGAGUAUCUGAACCAGAAUCAGCCACACAGACAGACAGUGAAAUUACAGAACAUUAUCUAGAAACUGAGCCUGCAAAUUAGAUUAUUAGAGGACAGUUGAUUGAUGUUAUUUAGCACUAUAAUGCAAUGUAUGAUCUGUUAUGCUGGAUCUUAUAAUGAAAUGUUUUACUUAAAAGAUUUUUAUUUUACAACUCUG